AUGUCACGCGCCUCGGCCGGGUUUGCGGACUUUUUUCCCACCGCGCCAUCUGUUCUGUCGCAGAAGCGCGUCAAGGUUAAGGAUCGGCGACGCCAAAGCUGCGAUGGCGAGACACAGUCAUCCGAUCCCCAAACUUCCACCGCGCCCAACGCAUCUGCGACGGGUGGGGUAUCAAAGGACCCUGCUGCGGAUGGAGAUAUCACUCAAUCUUCAACCGGGACGGCGGUAGGGGAUCCAGCAAUGGCACUGAAUGAUACAGAGCUCAAUGGGUCCCUGCCACCAAAUAUCGCCGCAUCUCACCCUCCCUCUCACGUCGACACCCUCACACCUCUCACCAUCGCAGAAUCCUCUCCACCUGGCAAAGCUACCGGCUCUCCCAAGGUCGCGGGCAAACACUCUCCAGCUACGGCCCUUCAAUCAAAGGCCGAACCUACCAAAUCGUCCAUGACCCCCAUUCACACCCCACCGACUCCCCAAUCGCAACCCCGCCAGGAGAUCGUGGUCUCAGGCAGUAAAAUCGUUUAUGACCCCGAAUUGGACAAGCGGCCAUCCAGGGACAAGCGUCGCAAGGCCGAAUACGUCGAUAUCGUUGCGAAUGGCGAGGGUGCUCCCCCUGACCCCCGCCUAGCAAUCCCCAACUACACGCGUGGCUCGGGUUGCAAGCAAAAGACCAAGUAUCGGCCGACGCCAUACACCUUGAAGCAAUGGCCGUAUGACCCCGCGACAAGCAUUGGACCCGGUCCUCCAGUGCAGGUCGUCGUUACCGGCUUUGACCCGCUCACUCCCACCGCUCCCAUUAAUGCGCUUUUCUCCAGCUUUGGUGAAAUCGCCGAGAUCAACAAUCGAACGGAUCCGAUUACUGGCCGGUUCCUGGGAAUUUGUUCGAUCAAAUACAAAGAUAGUGUCUCGUUUCGCGGAAGUGGCCCACUCUCCGCUUCAAGCGCAGCGAGGCGCGCAUAUAUGGAGUGCAAGAAGGAGCAACGGAUUGGCACUCGUCGAAUCCGGGUCGAGUUAGAUCGAGAUGGGAUUUUGUCAGAGCGCAUGGCCUCGAAAUUGAUCGAGUCUCAAUUUAUGUCCAUCCAACCCCCAUCCGCCGCUGCAGCCGCUGCAGAGUCCAAAUCCGCCGAGCUCUUGGCCAAGAAAAAUGAACCUCCACCAACUGCACCGAAAGGCCCCUCUGGUCGAUCCGCCAUGCGACCUGGACUUGCCAUCCCGGAAGGACCACGUGCGGGUCUCCGGCCUCCGUCUGUACAAUCCCUUGUCGAGGAGACUCCGAUCCUCAGCCAGAUCAAGCGCGAACCGUACAUUUUCAUUGCUCAUUGCUAUGUCCCAGUUCUCAGCACUACCGUCCCCCACUUGAAGAAACGGCUGAAGAUCUUCGACUACAAAUCCAUCCGUUGCGACAAGACAGGUUAUUACGUUAUUUUCCACAAUUCCCGCGCCGGUGAACAGGAAACCGAGAGAUGCUUCCGGCUAUGCCACAUGGAGCCCUUGUUCACUUACAUCAUGAACAUGGAAAGUCAGCCCUACGGAAACCCCAAUUACGUGCGCAGCCCGAGUCCCGAACGCCUCCGCGCCGAACAAAAACAAAAGGCCGAACAGGAGAGAAUCAAAAAAGAGGCGGAGCUGGAUUUGGAAGAAGAGAAGAAACAGCGUGCGUUGGAUCUGGACCCUUGUCGGGAGGUUUUGGCGGUCAUCAUUCGGGAUUUGCGAGACAAGCUGCUUGAAGACGUCAAGUCCCGUAUUGCGGCGCCGACUCUCUACGACUACCUUGACCCCAGUCGGCAUGCAGCCAGACGGGAGAAAUUGGGAAUCCCAAGCCCAGAAGGUACCAAGCGGCCCGCUUUCCGAAUCGGCGUGGAUAGUUCUGUCGGCACUCCAGACUCGAGGCCCGACCUGUCCAAUCAGCGAGACCCGCUCCGAUCCACGAAUCUCAACGUCCUUGCUCUUCCGCGUAUUCGGAAGGCCCAUGGUCUUGACCGUGGAGGCGCGGCCUUUGUGGACGAGCGGCGUCGGCAGCCUCUGCGGCCGAGAGAGGUCCGCCCAUUGUAUCACCGGUUGCAACAAUUGCAUGAUGACGAGGACUCGGAUGAUGAUCAGCGGACUCCACUCGCGAGAGAUACCGAGGAGAGAAGUAGUCGCCCGCCCAGUCGUGCAACUUCUGUCUCCUCUGCCUCCGAGCAGGAUGAGGAGUAUCAAUCAGACAUACUUGAGUCCUUCGAUGAAGGCGGUGCUACAACCGCAGAUGACGCUUUCCUAGAAGGGGAGUCUCUCUCACCCACUUCGCGGAAGAGGAAGCGGUUGACCGGGGAGCUGGAUGCUCGCAAACGGCAACGGCAGGACGAUGAGCUCUUUAGUAUCGGGCCAUCAGAAGGGACCGUGGAAGAUGAACAUCUAAAGACCCCGACCGGCGUUGAGGCUGAUCUCGUUGAAGGCAAAGGAGAGACCAUUCACGCUCAGGAUGAAAUACCUCUCCCUGAUAAAUUACCUGCAGAUCAAUACUCUGAAGUUGUCUCCGGCAAGGGUGUCGCACCGGACGAUGUUUCGGUUGCGGAGCCAUGGGAGAUCGAAGAUCUUGAAAAGCCAAAGACUGAAAUCGACUGGGGCGUGUCUCACCAUGAGCCGCGUGCUACCGUCGAAGAUGAUGAAAAUAUCAUUCUGGAUCUGGAUGGUUGGCAAAAAUUGAUCAAGGAUGAUGAAGACCUCCAGUUCCUUCGGGAGGUGUUGUCCAACCAGCUUGCUUCCAAUCUUGGCGACCUUAACGCCUGGGCGUGGCGACAGAAGGAGAUCAAGGCUCUCAAUCAAUCGGAACCCAAGGGACCUAGCACUGAAGCCAUCGGCAUCCGCGGUUACUACGUACCCAAUUCUACUGGCUCCGCUCGAACAGAAGGCCGAAAGAGAAUCAUGGAAGCCGAGAAGUCCAAGUACCUUCCACAUCGUAUCAAGGUCCAGAAAGCCCGCGAGGAGCGCGAGGCCUUGGCCAAGGCAGAUCCCCAAGCUGCAGCUGCCGAGGCGGCCAGAAUUGCAGCAGCCAAAGUCAUCUCCAAGUCCUCGUCCCGGUCAAACCGUGUCAACAACCGUCGACUCGUUGCCGACAUCAAUGCCCAGAAGCAAGCCCUACCCACUAGCAGUGGAGAGGGCGACGUUCUACGCUUCAACCAGCUUAAGAAGCGGAAGAAGCCUGUGCGAUUUGCUCGGUCCGCCAUUCAUAACUGGGGACUGUACGCCGAGGAGAAUAUCACUGCCAACGACAUGAUCAUUGAAUACGUUGGCGAGAAAGUGCGCCAGCAAGUGGCAGAUAUGCGUGAACGCCGGUAUCUCAAGAGCGGAAUUGGUAGUAGUUAUCUGUUCCGUAUCGACGAGAACACGGUUAUCGAUGCGACCAAACGUGGUGGAAUUGCGCGGUUCAUCAAUCACAGCUGUACGCCAAAUUGUACUGCCAAGAUCAUCAAGGUCGACGGCAGUAAACGUAUUGUGAUUUACGCGCUCCGGGACAUCGAACGAGACGAGGAACUCACGUACGACUACAAAUUCGAACGUGAAUGGGACAGCGACGAUCGCAUCCCAUGUCUUUGCGGCUCAACCGGCUGCAAGGGUUUCCUCAAUUAA